AUGUUUUUCACCGGCACACUCCAGGAGGGCAUCUCCAAGGCUCUUCAAGAAGCCAAACUUGUGGUGUGCUUCGUGACAGAUGACGAGGAGGAGAGCAAGACCUGGGAGAAUGAGUUCCUCACCGACGAGGCCGUGGCACCAUUGCUAGAGAAGGACGCCGUGUCCCUGCGGCUCCAAGCUGGCUCCCAGGAGGCAGGCUACCUGGCUGCCAUCUUCCCCUUGCCCAAGAACCCGACCCUGGUUAUCAUCAAGAACGGCGAGUUGAAGGAGUACAUCUCUGCAGGCACGUCUAGGGAGGAGUUCGUGAGGCGGGUCAGCGGGGCUUUCCAGGCACAGGCGGCCGGUGCUACCCCGGCUGCGCAAUCAAGCAGCGCCCCUGCUGCCGCCACCGUCGUGGCUUCGGAGGCGCCGUCGUCGGAAUCCCAGACCCCGGGCGAGAACACACCAGCGUCGUCAAGCACCCCUUCGUCAUCAGAGCAGCAAGCCCAGCCCUCCAUAGCCGCCAUCACCCAGGAAGCCGAGGUGCGCCGGCAGGCAGCCCGCAAGGAGCGAGAGGCACUGGAGAAGCGCCGCAGAGAGAAGGAGGCGGAGGAGCAGGCCCAGGACCCGGCGAAGUCGAAGCAGAACGACGCCAAGAAGAAGGCGGCCCAGCAGCUCGCAGAGCGCCAGCGCCAGGCGCGCGAGGACAGGGCGAGGGUGCUGAAGCGCAUCGAGGACGACAGGGCGGAGCGCAAGGCACGCGACGAGAACAACCGCGUGGCAAGGGAGAUGGAGCGUAGGGCCGCCGCGGGCGAGGACGUCGAGGAGGUCACCGCCGCCGCCGGAGAGCCCGCGCCGACCGGCAUGUCGCGGCGGCAGCACGACCAGUGCGCCCUGCAGGCGCGCCUGUUCGACGGCUCGACGAUCCGCACUCGGCUGCCGGCGAAGGCCACCCUCGCUCAGGACGUGAGGAAGUGGAUCGACGAGACCCGCACGGAUGGGAAGGACCCUUACUCUUUUAAGGUCAUCCUCACGCCGCUGCCGAACCGCUCCAUCGAUCCCGCCACGGAGGAGAACCAGACGCUCGAGGAGCUGGGCCUCACCCCGAGCUCGACGCUGGUCCUUGCGCCCGUGGACCGGCCCCUGCCAGCGUACCCAAGCAUCAACGCUGGCUUGUACAACCCGGUGUCGCACCUGAUUGCGGCGGUACUGGCGUUCAUCGGAGGAAUCCUGGGAAGUAUCACUGGCGCGGUGACAGGCUCGGGGAGCGGGGGAAACAACGCGAACAGUGGGGCCGGACAGCAGGCUGCGCCAGAGCAGCAAGACCGGAAUCAGGGGCAGACUACAGGGCGGGAUGGGGCCAGUGCGAGUCGGAUCAAGGGAUUCCAGAACCCGGAUGACCGCAAGAGGGACCAACAGCUUUACAACGGGAACUCGCUGAACUUCGAGCCGAGGAAGGACGAGGAUGACAAGGACAAGUAG